AUGACACAAGUUACGUGCCCUAUCUAUUCCAUGAUGAUGCCAGCCUUGCCCAUUCCCUCCCAACGAGCACAACUACUUUCCCCUCCGCCAGGAGAUCUUCCCCACUAUCAGCCAAUCCCUACCAAUGCGCAGCCUACCUAUGCCCACCUCUCAUGUGAAUCCCGUAGACGUGUGCCCAUUUACAUGGUAGAUCCCGUUGCACAAUCAAAAACUUGGGAGCUCAAUACAGUAAUGGCAAGCGUCAAAGACCACUAA